AUGCUGCCUUUUGCUCACGCUAUUACUUUGGGACUAGUAGCUUCAAGUGGAUGUUAUUCCCAUGACAAAACGUUGAGCUCUCUUGUUACUGAUGACGAGUGGAAUGUCACCUGGAUCCAAGUCAAGGUUUUUGACUUUGGGAAGACUGUAGAACUUCCGGAUAAUUGGGUGAAGUUUAUAUUCUCGUCGAACCAGCUAUCUGCGCGACAUAAAAAUCAAUCUGUCUCUAACCAAAACGAGAGUUCUCAAGAUUCUCUAGUUGAUCUUAGGAAAAAUGACAAUCAGCUGCUCCAUUCUUAUGGUGGACCACUGGUCUGGUCUGGAAAUGUGCCUUUUGAACCCGAGAGGCCGACUGAUUUUCGGGGGAUGGUAUUGUUUUACAAUAUCAUUAUGUCCCAUCGCAAACACUGUCUUCAAUUUAUGAAGUCCGAACAGUACAAAUUGCUGAAAGAGUCAAAGUUUGAUGUGCUUGUGAUAGACCAUUUUGUACAGGUAAAAUAGGUAAAUCAACAAUCUUGUCUUUUUAGGGGUGCCUGACAAUUUUAUCUUCGAGUCUGUCGCCUUCAGUUAUUCAAUAUUCAAAUUGGCCGGUUUCUGAUGGGUAUUUGACCUCAAUGAAUGUCCCAUCUUACCCAUCUUAUGUCCCAACUACAGGAACUACGUUCUCUCAUCUAAAGAUGAACUUUUCUGAAAGGCUUAAAAACACAAUCGCCUUUGUUUUUAUCCAAUUUGUCAGAUUGUUUCAGUCCAUUAUUGUUUGGAUCGACUUUAGAAAUUCCGAUUUUACAGUAAGGCCUACUUAAUGGAGAGACGAUUUUAGGCUGGUCUCUUCGACCACGAAGGAAGUCAUCUGCUGUAUACUGUGAGAUCUGAAUUUUUGUUAGAGCCAGUCCGACCAUGGAACAAUAGAAUCAAGCAUUUUGGGUGUUCAACAUGUUCGAAGUAAGUCUAAUAGGACCACUUACAAUUAUACUGAUUGAAUUAUUGUAAGAUCAGACAUUCACACCACUAACGACACCGAGCUGCCGCGUGCGUUAUACAGAUCUCUCUCAAAGAAGUUCAUUUUGGUUACCUUUGGCAGCCUGUCUAAUGUAAGUUUAGUUAUAACUCUUCUUAUUACAACAACAAACAGAAGUAUGUCAUCAUGUCUUCUUUUUUUCCUUGA